CAGGCGCUUGUAAAACAAUGAACUUCUUUGAGUGUGGACAAUUUUGAAUGCAGGCAGGCUGACAAGCGGGUAAACUUGCGUUCCCUUCCCCGGCGAUGACCCCCUGACUGAAUGCGCUCAGGAGCGAAGUCAGGGAAGUUUCCAUUUUGCUCUCAGUUUUUAUAAACCCAUUUAAACUUGGCGACAACAAACACAUUUGCAGCUUCUUCAGAUCUGCGUUUCAAAGUCUCGGAGGAAACGGGAGCAGUGAGCCAGAGCCACGAAACGGAUUAUCGACGAUAGUCCACGGGACCACGGCAUCGCACAGCUGGUUUACUUUAUACGAACCGCUCGGAUCUCUUUUAGACAGGGCUGCCCGCAAGAUCAACAGAGAAAAACAAUUUUGCACAUAAUUCGAUUUAAUUGCAUUGUUAGCAGAGCUUGUGGAACCUGCCCGCAAGUGUUGAGCAACUUUAAAAAGCAAUGGUGGGAAGACUGAACUUGCGGAAUGUGUCUGACGACGAUCCGCUGGAUAUGAAUUUUAAAGCUGAUCGGCCGCUGGACAGUCCUGACUCCGGUCUGCCUCCGAGUCCGAGUCCGAGCCCGAGCGUCUGGUUACUGCAGGGCACCGGGGCUGGAACCCCGAUUACUGAAGACGAGAGCAGAGGGACAGCUGUGGUUCCUAAUAAUCGCCAAUUGCAUGCAUUGUCCUACGGAGAAGGAAUUGAACUUGAUCCUCUGCCACUAAAAGAAAUAAGAUACACAUCGUCUGUGCGUUAUGAUUCAGAUCGGCACUUCAUCCAGGACGUGACCCUGCAGCCCAAGGGUUUGGGUCUGGAGAUGUGCAGCCAGACAGUGUUGGCCCUGCCUCAGAGCACCUGGAGACAUUACAAGACCCAGUUGGAGUUCCAGCCCCGUCAGCGUGUGCAGCGCUACCAGAGCACCACCAUAGUGUACCCCAAACACACCCGGACCUUCUACACCACCCAGCUCAAUUAUGACGGGCACAAGUUGACCAAGCGCUUCUUCUCUGCUGUUGAGCUGCAGGCUUCUGAUUGCAAGGCUGGUCUUUGAAAGACACACUGGCAUAUGUGCCUGACAUUACGCCCAUAUGUACCAAUUAUAAACCACCGCCUGCAUUCAUAGAGUCCCAAGAGGGGGGAAAAAGGAAACUCUGACUGAAAUUGUUGCCAGUUGGAAAGGGGUUCCCAAAACAGAAGUGCAGUUAGUGAGUUCAAGGCUGGAGGAGGGAAAGCAACUGUGUUGUUUAAGGUUUGGUUAGGUUUAACCGUUGUUUUUAAGGUUUGGUUAGAAGCAGCAUAUGA